AAUAUCAGACCUUUGUUAGAAACAUAUGUAAUAGUAUAUAAGUACUUAUUCAGACCAGUCGUUACUUAAAAUGGUUUUUUUCAACGCAAUCAAACCUACGUAAAAUUAAACAACACUGGAGAUUUUAAACUUAAUGUACACACAUAUGACUUAUCAGUGCCACACUACCCCCAACUCUCGCGAAUCGAUAUAAAAAUUAACCUUGGGUAAAUGAAGGCAAACUGGUUUUGUCGAAAACGUUUAGACAGUGCUCAUCUUGAUGUCACCAACAACAAAUUACCAGUUUAUUUCAACUACUCGACCGUCCAACAUGUUGUUUAAAAUUUGUUGGUUCGUCAGCCUUUUGGCACUCUGUCACGCUAACAUUCGCAACAAAAGAAUAGUCGGUGGAUACCCGGCGUUGAUACCAGAAAAUCCCUAUGGAGGAAAACCAUCAGACAACGCAGACAAACCAACUACCAACCGGCUACCGCCUCAACCGGUUCCUACUACGUCCAACAACAUAGUGUUCAUACAAGACGAGUAUAGGAACGCUGAAGUUGUCGGUGCCGAAGAGCCUGACGGAACUUGUGCAUUUAAGGGCAUUAGGUACGCUCAACCGCCUGUAGGAAAGCUAAGAUUCCAGCGUCCCGUUUUGGUUCACCCCGACGGCAAAUACGAAGCGGUCAAGUAUGGUUCCCCUUGCCCACAAUUGAGUAUUGAUGGUAAUGGAUUGGUUGGGAGUGAGGAUUGUCUAUUUCUGAACGUGUUCACGCCAUCGAACAAAAAUGAAAAAAUCCAUCCGGUACUAGUAUGGAUUCACGGAGGAGGAUUUCAUAGUGGCUCAGCUUUACAAUAUGUACCAUCGUCUUUGGUAAAGAAAGAUAUCAUAGUGGUAACAGUACAAUACAGAUUGGGCUCAUUGGGUUGGCUCACGAGUAAUAUAAGAGAACUGCCUGGAAAUGUAGGUCUAUUUGAUAUGCGUGCUGCUGUUAAAUGGGUUAAAGAUUACAUUAGUUACUUCAAUGGAGAUCCAGAAAGAAUAGUAAUAGCUGGACAAGGUAGUGGUGCUAGUGCCGCUACUUUGUUGUCUAUGUCAGAAUUUACUAAAGAUAUGUUUAGUGGAGUUUUUGCACUGAGUGGUAGUCCUGUAUCACCUUUUGCAGUUGAUCCAAAGCCCAAAACCACUUAUUUAAAUGUUACUAGCUUAAUGGGCUGUAAACAAGAAAAUGGGUUAGAAGCAGUGAAAUGCUUACAAAUGUUGCCACUAAAAGAUAUUAUUAACUCUGAUUUUAAAUAUGAGAAUAAAAAACUAUCUGAUGAAGGUUUCUUAUCUGGAUUAUCAAAUGUACUUGGAGCUGGACCCUCAGUUGAAGGGAAAAAUGAUGGUCGCUUUUUGCCUUUCUUCCUUCUGGACUCACCACUUAAUUUAUUAAAAAAAAAUUUACCUAAAAUACCAAUGCUAACAGGUGUUAAUAAGCAAGAAACAAAAUCUGGACUAUUAGGUAAAUUUAAGAGGGAAGUUCAAGAUCAGCUGGCUAAAUUCCCAGAUUAUGUUACUAAAGUCAUGCCUGGUAAAGUACUUCAAUCUAAUUCAGGUUUAUACAAGAAUGGAGAUGUUAACAGUGCUCUAAAGUCAUUAUUUGAAAAUGGUAAUUAUUUAAAACUGAUUUCAUCUUCUUUUGGCGGAGCUUUAAAAGACUUUGUAAAAGUUAUUCAAGGUACAACUGAUGCCAUGUUCAAUUUACCUGCAUUUUUAACAUCUAUGUUAUGGUCAAAACGUGGCUCUACUUAUUUUUACAGCUUUGAAUAUAAAUCAAAAUGUUUAAAAGCUCCUGGAAAAUGGUUUUUACCAAAUAUUUUAGGACCUGCAGAUUCUAUAAAUGAUUGUAAAGGAAAUACUGUAAAUAAGAAUGAUGAAGACUCAGGAGAGCCAGGCCAUGGUGAUGAGUUAAUAUACCUUUAUGAUGUACGAAGUAUUGAAGGAAAACCUAUUCAAGGAGCUGAACUAAAAGAUCCUAAAGAUAUAGAAAUGAGAGAUAAUUUUACAUCAUUAGUAGCAAAUUUUGUUCAUUCUGGAAAACCAAGCUUAUCCAAACUGGAUGAUGAAUGGCCAUCAUUUACAUCUGCUAAACAAUCUGAAUAUGUAAUACUCAGUGAAAAUUCUCGAAUUGAGAAAAAAUUUAGAUUUUGUGAAGUAGGAUUAUGGGCAGGUGUUCCAGACAUACUUCAAUCAUCAACUUGUAAUUUUCCUGGAAUUAAAGAUAUAUUGAAAACAGUACCUAAUUUACUAAAUGAAGGUGUUUUGGGAGAUGUCAAAGAAAAUACAAUGAAUAUAUUUAGAAAUCCUAUAGGCGCAGUUGGGAAUGUUUUGAAACCACCACAACUGAACAAUUUAACGCCUAACAUUGCAAAACCUAACCUAGGAGUACCAUCUUUAUUAGGAGGUUUAACAGGUAAUCCCACAAAUCAAAAGAAUGGAGAUGAAAAUCAAAAGCCUACACAAAGACCUGCUAUACCAAACUUGUUUGGCAAAAAAAAAAAAUGAAGAAAUAGAAACCUUGAACUCUAACUUGAAAAGCAAUGACAUCUAUUUGUGUUGUUUAGGAUAUUUUUGUGUUACAACAAUUUAUUACUAUUUUAUUCCUAUAAUAAUUUUUGACUUUUAAUUUUUUUAUAUAUAAAUAUAAUAAACAUUAUAUAAAAAGUAAA